AUGUAUCAUCCUAUCAAUUUUUCUAAGCUUGGUCAUAUUUUCCAGAUUGUGGUUCUUUCUGCCAUCGUAACACUAGUUUGCGCUGGUCAUGGAGCAACUAGUUACUUCAACUAUGUAGCUGGUUCCCCAACUAUUGGUCACGGCCAUGGUGGCGGUCAUGGUGGUGGUGACGGUGGCGGCCAUGGUGGCGGACAUGGUGGCGGUCAUGGUGGAGACGGUGGACACGGCGGACAUGGUGGAGAUGAUCAUCAUGGACACCCCCACUACGACUACAGUUAUGGAGUAAAAGAUCCCCAUACUGGUGACCACAAAUCCCAACACGAGGAACGCGAUGGGGAUAAAGUAAAGGGAUACUACACUGUGUCCGAACCCGAUGGUACUCAUCGUACUGUUCAUUACACUGCCGAUAAGCACAACGGAUUCCAAGCUGUUGUGGAGAAAUCUGGACACGCUGUACAUCCCGAUCAUGGACACCACACAGCAUUCGUUGCUACCCACGUCCAUGACAGCCAUGGAGGUCAUGGGCAUGGUCACCAUUGA